AUGACUGCCAAGGUUUAUGUGUCUAUGCCAGCCUACUCAAUGCAUAUCAGGACACAUUCAUCGUCCUGUGUUUGCACUAUUUGUGGGAAAACUUUUUCAAGAACCUGGCUGUUAAAGGGACAUUUAAGAACUCAUACAGGGGAGAAACCCUUUGAUUGUCCAAUAUGUAAGAAACAUUUCUCAGAUAAAUCAAAUCUAAGAGCUCAUCUGCAGACUCAUGAGAACACAAGAACACAUUCUUGUAAGAACUGUGACAAGAGGUUUGCUUUAAGAUCGUAUUUGCUGAAACAUGAAGAGGUAUGCUGGAGACCUGCAGGGGUAGAAGACAAGACAACAAGACAACCAACAUCUUGACAACCAGGAGUAUAGAAGACCAGACACCAAUCCUACCAACAUCUUGACAACCAGGAGUAUAGAGGAACAGACACCAAUCCUACCAACAUCUUGACAACCAGGAGUAUAGAAGAACAGACACCAAUCCUACCAACAUCUUGACAACCAGGAGUAUAGAAGACCAGACAACAAUCCUACCAACAUCUUGACAACCAGGAGUAUAGAAGACCAGACAACAAUCCAACCAACAUCUUGACAACCAGGAGUAUAGAAGACCAGACAACAAUCCAACCAACAUCUUGACAACCAGGAGUAUAGAAGACAAGACAACAAUCCUACCAACAUCUUGACAACUAGGAGUAUAGAAAACAACAAUCCUACCAACAUCUUGACAACUAGAAGUAUAGAAGACAGCAAUCCUACCAACAUCUUGACAAAUCAAAACAAUAAAUAAUAUAACUGUG